GUUGAUUGUUUAUUAUGUCCCCAGGAUAUAAAAUGAAUACAUGAUCCAUGGAUAAAAUAAAAAUAACAACGAUGGAGGACCCAGCCUCUGACCACUCCACAUAAAAUACACUAUCCAGCAGUCACAAGUCAUUUGCAGAGCAAACAGAAUUAAUUAUAGGUGUCUGAUUUUGCACUGUAAAAUUUGGCAAAUAUCGAUGACCAGAAAUCUGGGCUCACAGCUGUAUGGAAACUGGUUGGAACGGAUAUAACAGAGGAACCAUGUAUGCUUUGUGGGGAAGAAACUGGACCUUUGCGUGGUUUAGAAAAAAAGUCAUUUAUUUUGUACGCCCAGAUCAGUGCUUGACAUCAUCAUUAGCAGCAACAGGGCUCACAGGUAGAGGAACCUGUUAGUAAGCUCUGGUCUGUAUUACUGAAUGUUACUGUGUGGGCAAUAGUGCAGAAAAUGGUAAUAUGACAAGAAAAAAGGAGGGGGAAAAUCAGCAAUAAAAAAUCCCAGAGAUAGCGCAUGGGAGGAAAAUGUCACUUGAGAAACUGUGGCUACAGAAUAAAAAGAUAAAUCAUUGGCACCAUUUACAAAAAUAAAAAUUAAGGAAUGAAAAUUCCUACCUAGUAGACUGAAAACAAGUCCUUCACUUUUCUAAAGGACCCAGUAGCUGAAGAAUUUUAGCACAGGGACUAUAAUCUGAUGAGAAGAGUUAACUGAAAUGAUAAAUAGAAACACAUAGUUACAAUGAAUAAGAGUGUAAUUAAGUGUUUUGAUGCUUCCUGGCAGUUUAUAGAAGAAUACAGUGCUGUUUAACUUUUAAUUUGACAAAAUUCUAGAAUUCCCUCCUCAAGUGUUUGUGAUUUGAUUUCACUAACACACUUCCCUACACAGCCUGACUACUUUUCAGUGUUAAUAUCAUCAUUUUAAUAAAACCAGAAAUUUUAUUCCGAGUUAUUUUUGUUUGUAUUUUACUAUACAGGGGUCAAUUUAUGUAAACACACUCCCGAUAUUUCUUACCCUUCCUGCUUCUUUUCUGCAGCUGUAGCUACUAUUUUGACCACUGAGGGAAAUGCCAAUUCUGUAGAUGAGCUCCUAAGGAAGGAAUACUUUGCUUAUGACUGCUGCAUUGAUUAUGUGCAAAACAAUUCACAAAUAGAGUAGAAUAUCAACAAAGAUUUAAAAAUAUCCCUAAACUGACCAUUUAGAACCAGAUCUUUUAUUCUAGAAGUGCAUAGUUCAUGUGGUCCUAUUACUGCUGAAAACUUUCAGGUUGUAUUGUGCAUCAUGAACAAUGUUCUGGUGAUCAGUAAUUAAUAAUACUCUUGCCAUGAGAUUAAUACUAAUUCCAGUAUUAUAGAAAUUAAUGCACAAGAAUGGCAUGGAACAGAGACCAGUUAACUGGCUUUUAGUCAGGCACAUAUUACAUUUGUUUUUAUAGCUUCUUAAUGGUACAUUGUACUCUCUACUUCCUAUAUCUUCUAAUUGCAUUUAGAAAGGUGCCUGCUGGUUUGUAUUCAUUCAGUUGACAUUUCCACUGAUCAUUUUGUUUCCUUCUCUGAUAUUAAAGCUUCACCUGUGCUCUUAAUUAAUGUUUUGGGUAAAUAAAAUAGGAAAUAGGAAUACAGCAAAAGGGGUUAUUGGUCUCAGACUAACAUUUAUCCACCAACUAAAGGAAGAAGAUGGCAGAUUUUACUUCUGAUAGUAAAAAUUAUAUCCCCUGGUCUUUGGGGCUACUGGCAGGUCAUAACUUCAGGUAAUCUAAAUAGAAUCCCUAAAGCUGCAUCUAAAGUGCUGAUUGAUUAUUCUGACCAGAAAGAAAUACAUAUGUAUCCGUUGUUUGCUGCUUUAGCUCCUUCUCUCAGCUAAUCUUCUGCCCUAUUAUUAAACAAGCUACUGUGUAUUUUGUUUUCUGAUUUUUGUUUUUGUUUGAACCAAAUCAGUACCUUAAUUGUUUGGAGUCUUUCUUUUUCUCCUCCAAAUGUAAUUUUAAUUCCAAGAUUAUUUCAGAGCUAAAUAAACAUCAAACUUGUUUGGUGUAAAUCCAGGAAGACUGAGUUGGACUCCUUUUGCCUUACCACUAGCAUGGUAAAGGACAUGAAAGAAAGAAGGAGGUGAGUAGAAAGGCACACUGCUACCCUUCCAGGACAAAUGCAGCCAUGGAUUUUAUCUUUGUUUGUUACAUUGCCACCAUUCAAUCUAUUUUCCUUUAACAGACUAGAUUGAUACUGACAACCUGUUCGUUUUGAAGGUGCCACGGCAGUGGCAUUUAUUUGCAUUUACAUUGCAGUUCUCUUCUUCAGUCAGUAUUCCUGAUAUCACCAUUGCUGCUAGCCAUAUUGUUGCAAUGCUGGCAUUUCAUCCCUAAGUGCUACUUGCAUAAUGGUACAGUACAUGCCCAUGACCAAAGUUUAAAUAAAGGUUUAAUCAUGUCGGAAAAACAAACGUUUUUCCACAACUGUGUAUCUCUUCAAGUAAAAGUAAAGGCAGUUCUGUUGGGUCACAGAUGCUAAUCUUCAAUUUCUUCCUAGACACAAACUAUAAAGGGAGUUGACAGCACCUGUAAAUGGUUUUCUGAGGCUAGAUUAUAUCUAAGGUGAUGAUUAUUUACACCCUCUAUAAAGACUGUUCUAUUGAGGCAAGGAGUCUGCCUGUUACUGUGAGGUGAGUGUUACCAAAAAAGGACUUUAUUGAAGAAGGAUUCAGCGGAGCGAGGAGCCAGGAUGAGGGGCGGUUCAAACACAGAACGCCUUGUCAUUUGUUGAGUCUGAAUAACCCUGGGAAUGAAAUACAGUCAGGAUAUCCUAGAGUUCUGCAUUCCCAGACACUCAAGAUGAAGGGGAAAACUUCAGCUCUCUCAAUUUGAGUUUUUAAGGGCAGAGGUGACCUUUUCCCAUAGCCCAGUUCUCCUCAUAUGAAGAUCAACACAGCAGUAAAAAGGAUAGGAGAAGAGCUGACCUUCUAGUAUGAAUCAGAGAGAACAUGCUUGUUUAGUCAAGUAAAGUCAUAUUAAUGUAGAAAUCCUACAGCCUUCACUAAAUCACUUUUGCUGUAAGCAGACUUUCACUUUAACUAGCUUUCCAGCUGUCUUGCUUGAAUCUUGCUUCUGUGAAGCCUCUAUCUCAGAGGUAGGCAACCUAUGGUAUGCGUGCCAAAGGCGGCACAUGAGCUGAUUUUCAGUGGCACUCAAACUGUCCAGGUCCUGGCCACCGGUCUUGGGGGGCUCUGCAUUUUAAUUUAAUUUUAAAUGAAGCUUCUUAAACAUUUUAAAAACCUUAUUUACUUUACAUACAACAACAAUAGUUUAGUUAUACAUUAUAGACUUAUAGAAAGAGACCUAAAAACAUUAAAAUGUAUUAUUGGCACGUGAAACCUUAAAUUAGAGGUAUUAAAUGAAGACUUGGCACACCACUUUUGAAAGGUUGCUGACCCCUGCUCUAUCUUGUCCACAAUUUAGGUAUGAAAUUCCUAAGUGUGAAAUUCACUUUCCCUUGAGAACAUCUCCUUCAGAAAAUUUGCAUAGAGGAGACUCAAAUAAUGCAAGGACUUUUAUCUCUAUCUGGUGCCUCUGUAAGCUUUCCCCUUUUUAAAAAUAAAGUCACUUUGUCAAAAUUGAUUCUCUUAUUGUAUUUUAUCUGCUCCUGCCACUUCUGUAAAUUUUUAUAGUGUGCAUUUCUUCAAGUUUUCUCUUAAAAAAUAAGAUCAUAUAAUUAACUUUGCCUUCUUUAUAAUUAUCAGCAGACAUACUGAGAUGUUUUAGACACUUGGUGAAUUGAGAAGUAUUGGUGAUUUGAAGGGAAUAUAUUUUUUUGAAGAAAUAACAUCACCAAAGUGUGAAAUAUGAACAGAGUACAAUAUAAAUUGAUUGAUUUUAUAUAGCUAUUGUUUUAAUCAACAUAUAAAGCAGUACAUUGCUAAUGCUGUAUAUAUGCCCCUGUGUAUAUAUAGGGAAAAGUGGCACUAUGCCAUGGAAAUCAGAACUGCCUUUACAGGACAGAGAGAAAAAUCAAAUGGCAAUUUUUUUCAAUGUUUUUGCUCAAUAAGGGAGAGAGUUGAAUAAAUAUUAAUAUAAAGGAAUAGGUUAUCCAACAUAACCAGCUGUAAUAUCCUACUGCUUCACUGAGUGUAACAAUAUUUUCCCUUGUGAAUGUUGACUCACACGGGGUGGCUAGUUACAUUGUGUGAGCUAGAGUAUGAGUGAGUGACGCAAUGCUGUUUGCAGUAUGCUGAGGAAUACUUGCAAAUUUCUUAGUAAUCAAGUCCCAACAGUGAAAGUUUAUUAUUCUUUGGGAGUGGACAGCAAUUUCAUUGUCUGCAAAAACAGAAACUGACUGCAGUGAGAAUAAAAAUGGGUUAUCUACAGCCCCUCCUUCUGAGCAUGGGCACUGGCGUGCACAACAGGGAGGGGGAGGGGAAUGUUCAAGUUUCAGAAUCGCAAUUUAGAAAGUAAAAGGUGUUUUCUGUUAGUCAAACGAACCCACAACUAAUUUACAUUCUCGUAGGCUGCUUUGAACAUUACGCUUGUUACUACUUUAAUGCAAACGUGUCAAGGCUAUUUAAAAGAAAAACGAAAGCCUUGAAUUCUCACAGCGCUGGGGAAAUCCUAUGUCCCUGAGCAUUAGUGAGAUGAUAUCACACCGAUUACUCACCUGCUUGGCCUUACACCCCUGCGCAGUGCACAGCGCGAUGUUUCCCAGUUCAACCUUAAACACUCACCAAAUAGGGCUCCUUUAAACACAACAAAAGUGGAAGAGCUCCUGAUGUAUUAAUGAGAUUAUUGAAAUCAUGUAAUUCUGUCACCAGGAUCAUUGAACAAACGAAAUAGGAUAAAGAUUGCAAAAUGAUUAGUUUGGGAACCUUGCACGUUUGCUUUAGCAGCCGGCGUGCAUGUAAAACCCACCGAAAGACUUGGUGGCAGGAAGUUGUGCAAUUGCCAGGGAGUCUAAAUGGAGUGAUUCGUAGCUAAACUCCUGAAAACGAGACAUUUGAAUUUAAAAAGUCCAGCCAGGAAAAAAAAUUAUUAUUCUGCAUGUGCUUCCUGGCUGCGCUUUCGUUUUGGAGACGCUGCCAUGAGGAGGAGGGAGAGGGAGCGAUCUUGUGUUUAAGUUUCCAAACAUAGCCCUUGGUAUGUCUCUCCCUUUCAUUUCCAGCGGUAACUUGCAUCGCUUCAGCUGUUAUACACACAAGAAGGGAGGAAACGGGCAGAAUGCCGAGCAUGCGCAAUUUCAGCGCAACAAGUGGGUUCCAGGUCCAUAGACAGAGGAAGUGGGGGGAGGGGGAAGAAGCUGAUCAGUGCUCGAAAGGGGAACUGCAGAGGGGGGAGGGGGAAGAGGAGAGAGCAUGGCGGUGACGUGAGGGCUCCACCCAGGUGGCAUCUGAGCUGGGGAGAGAAGGAGGGAGGAAAGAGGGGGGAGAGCAGGGGGAGGAGGGGCAGAGCCGGGCUUGGAACGCAGAGUAGCACACAGUGACACUCAGGAUUCCAAAUUCGAAUUCCGAGGAGCGAUCGAGGAUGUGAGUGUGGAGCAGGCGGCGCCGCUCGCCAUGCUGCUGCCGCCGUGACGAGUCACCGCCGCUGCCCUCGGGCUGCUCCCUCAUCUUGUGCGCCUAGCACUUGGGAAAGUCGCCAGGGCUCCCGGGACCGAACAGCUCCUUGUGGUCCCCUCUCUAACCAGCGGAUCAGCAGGUAGCUGAGUUCGAGCUCGUAAGACAUCAGCUGCGAAUAGAAAGGGGACCCCCAUCUUCCACCGUGCACCUCCCUCCUCUCCCGGAGGAGGAGCAGCGGAGAGCAAGACAACGCAGGGAAACAGAAGCGGCUAGAAGGCGACCCCCCACCCCCAUCAGAACAGUAGAAGAGAUCCCCCAUCCCAAGGGCAACAGUAUCAGCACCAGGUAGAAGAAGCCCCGUCCAUCGGCCACAGUGAGUGAAAAGCUAGACGACCCCUGCCCAAAGGGGCAAUAGCACCAGGUCUGAGAGUCGUCCUCUUCAGUACCAGUAGGGGGUGGUAGACGCAGCGAUACCCCUCUCCCACCCCCACCCCUUCCGCAGCAGCAGGCAGCUCCAGCAGCCAGCUCCACCAUGUCCGCUGCGCAGGUGUCCUCGUCUCGGAGACAGUCAUGCUACCUGUGCGACCUGCCCCGCAUGCCCUGGGCCAUGAUCUGGGACUUCACAGAGCCCGUGUGCCGGGGCUGCGUGAAUUACGAGGGUGCCGACCGCAUAGAAUUUGUGAUCGAGACUGCCCGGCAGCUGAAGAGGGCGCAUGGCUGCUUCCAGGACGGCCGUUCCCCAGGCCCCCCGCCUCCUGUCGGGGUCAAGGCUGUGCCGCUCUCAGCCAAAGAAGCGGCAGCGGCGGCCCAACAGCAGCUCAACCAUGUGGACGCCUCCUCCAAAGCGGCUUCUGCUGGGCUUCCCCAGUCCAGUCUGGACCGCUACGGACUCAGUGCAGCUGCAGCCGAGCAGCGCAGCCGCUUUGAAUAUCCACCGCCCCCGGGAAGCCUGGGCAGCAGCCACGCUGCCCGCCUGCCCAACGGGCUGGGCGGCCCCAAUGGUUUCCCUAAGCCGCCUGAGGACGGCCCCCCGGAGUUGAACCGCCAGAGCCCCAAUUCAUCAUCCUCUUCCUCCUCCUCCCGCCGCGGGGCACACGGGGGCCUCGUGCCCGGCCUCCCCCCGGGGGCUAGCGGGGCCCAGAUGAACGUGCCGCCCAACCUGCUUCCACAGACUUUACUCAACGGCCCCACAGCUUCUGGCGUGGCGCUACCUCCGCCGCACGGGGGGCUGAGCGGCCGUGGCGGGGGACCCCCAGCUUCCUCCGCCUCUUCCCAAGGGGGCACAUGCGGCGGUGGGGGUGGCAGCAGCUCGUCCUCCGAGGCCUGCAGCAAGCGACCCGGUUCGGUGUCCAGCAGCGAUCAGGAGCGGGAGCUGAAGGAGAAGCAGCGCAACGCGGAGGCGCUGGCCGAGCUGAGCGAGAGUCUGCGGAACCGGGCCGAGGAGUGGGCCAGCAAGCCCAAGAUCGUGCGGGACACGCUCCUUACUCUGGCCGGCUGCACCCCCUACGAGGUGCGCUUCAAGAAGGACCAUGCACUUCUCGGCCGCGUCUUCGCCUUCGAUGCAGUCUCUAAGCCGGGCAUGGACUAUGAGCUGAAGCUCUUCAUUGAGUACCCGAGCGGCUCGGGCACUGUCUUCUCCAGCGCCUCGGGGGUGGCCAAGCAGAUGUACCAGGACUGCAUGAAGGACUUUGGCCGCGGCCUCUCCUCCGGCUUCAAGUACCUGGAGUACGAGAAGAAACACGGCUCCGGCGACUGGCGGCUCCUGGGCGACCUGCUGCCUGAGUCUGUGCGUUUCUUCAAGGAGCUGGUGGGCGCGGAUAUGUUGCCUCAGCCCUACCUGGACGCUAGCUGCCCCAUGCUCCCCACUGCCCUGGUGAGCCUGCCCCGGGGGGGAGCUGGAGUCGGCGGGGCGCAGGGGGCCGGGGCCGCCUCCAGGGGCCCCGGGGGAGGCGGCGGCGGCGGGGGGAUGCG